UGCCAGUAUGGACAGCCAUGGAAAUUUGUGAUGACCUUUUAAAAGACACCACGAAACGGAAUAAAGACGUUGGUCAAGGCUCGUCAAACAUAGAAAGCAGUAUAGAAUACAUACCAUCACAUCUAAAGCGUCAACAUGAAACGUUGACCGAAUAUAAAGUAGCAAGGCACUAUAUUGAUAAUGUAAUAAAUGCAUCCACCAGAAAAAAUGAAUUUAAAUCUGCUUGCGAAACGUCUCGGUCGGAUAGUGCAAAUAAAGUGGACAGAACAGUUUGUGCCAUAAAAUGUAAUAAAAAAUGGCCAAUCACCAAGACUAUAAAGAAACAAAACAAUGUAUUAAAGACUCGUUUGGCAAAUAAGGAAAAUAUUGAUGUAAAAUGUAAUGGAAGUCAUAUUAUGAACACAACUACAAAGUUAAACAAAAGGUGUUAUGAUGUUCGUUUGGCUAAACCUUUUAAUGAUCGGAAAACCAAACAGUCAGAGUGUUUGUGUGUACUGGAAAAAGUUAGAGCCUCUUUUGUAUAGUGAUAAUGAAUUAUUUAUACAUUACACAAUUAAAAACAAGUAUAUAUAUUUCUUCUGUCCGUGUGUAAGUAUUCAAACUCCUCCUAAACGGCUGGACAGAUUUUUAUGAAAUUUUGUGUGCGCGAUUAAGUUGAUUCGAGAAAGGUUUAGAUUCACAAUUUGAUUCGAUUUUUAAUAAUUUAAUAUUAAUUUAUAUGAUUAUCAAUAGUAUCAAUAGUUACCGCAAUAGAUCUACGGUAUCAUUUUUCGUACCACAAGGAUACAGUGAUCCGAUCAGCUGAUUGUGUGUCUAAUACGGCACGCCGGGUCGGGACAACUUGUGUAAAUAUA